UUCACCGAUCCUUUUGCUCACUCUGGACACAAAUACUUUCUAACAAAAAUAUAUCCAGAAAACUGUUAAAAUAACAUGUGAUUAAACUGACAAAAAUUACAACUGUCGUAACUUUCCCAAUAAGAUACUUAGAAGGCAGUGCACAUUUGUAAAAUACAAUAAACAUAAUAAUUGCCAUGAAAUUAAUGAGCCACCUGUUUUUAAAUAACUUGUAGCGUUACAGAUUCACUUUUCUGGUUUUAAAUUAUGUUCGCAUGUUUUGAUUAUUUCACACAUAUACGACAUGUUAUUGUGUCUAACCUACUUGUAUAGGUCCCCAAAUAAACAUCUUAAAUAAUUUUAAUAUUCAGCCUAUCUAGUGCAAAUAUUUUGCCUCUUCAUUAACAGUUACUGUCUAAAACACAAGAUGGCGCAUUUUACUAUUUUACCAUGGUUACACUGUUAAAGCGCAUCUUUUUACUACAGAUGAAAAUGCUACUGUUAGAAAAAGAUUAAAGACUAGGAGAUAUUUUAACGUAGCAAUUUAUUUGAAUCUGUUACAAGACUUCGCAAUAGACAGAGUGAAGCUAAGGUGAAAGAUGUAACGUAAGCCCGCUACAGAUAUGCCUUCUCCAAAAACGAUACCUCACCGGACCAUGUGGUCUCUUCAGGUCCUUGUUAAAAAGCGAGUCAUUGAUACUGGUCGGUUGUGUACGUCUCGAUUCGGUCGCCUUUCCAGUUUGACAACAUUCCCUUCACCUGACACUGACAAGCAGCAAUUUCUAAAGAACCUUUUUUUUUUUUUUACCUUCAUUUUAUAACUUCACGCUCAACGUGAGCGACACUUUGACUUGAAGCUUGUCGUAUUUUUUUUUUACAUUUUUUUUUUUAAACGUGUGUAAGGUACAGGUGAAUUUAGCGCUGUCCUUCCAGAAGGGUCUUAUCUGCCCAGCGAUGGACGAGGAAGCGCAAGACUCCGAGUGUCCAGUUUGCUACGAGAGUCUUCAGGAAUCACCCCGCACACUGAGCUGCGGACACGUAUUCUGCCACGACUGCCUUGUCAGAACGUUUGUCAGCGUGAACCGGGACGAGAUAGUCACCAGGGACAGUAUCAUCUGUCCCAUUUGCAGACACGUUACAUUCGUUACCAAGCAAGGACUUGGUGGAUGCAGCGGCAAAACGGAAAAGAACGCGAAGAUUUUGGAAGUGCCCUCGCCAUCUAAUUCACGCUCUCUGAAUGUUCGACUUCCCUGGAUAGGACAAUGCAUACCAUGGGUUUCGUCCAGACGGAGCCGUCAGAGACUUGUCUGUCCUAAGGAGUCCUUGCAGGUUUUCAUCAUCAGCGACCUGGGGCGCCCCAUGUCUGAAGAAGAUAUUAUUGAUGUUGGGGCAAACGCGGGGAUUCAAGAAAACAGCAGGACCCUUCGGUGUGCUCUUUGUACAACCUCACAUUGUCUCCUGAUCCUUUUGAUAGCUUUUACUUUGCUGGCUUUGGUAGCUGCAACACUCCCGUGGGUUCUGUUGGCUUGAAGUGUGUAACAUUUCCAGGACCAUAACCUUCUGUUUUCAACUAUGGCAUGACAUAAAAAUCUGUUACCUUCUGUUUCACUGACACCUGCUUUACUGCUAGACAGACUUUAUAGUUUAAAGGAACUGUAAGAAAUACAGCGAAAUCAGAGGAUCAAUAACCCUUUUUACAUUUCACUAUAGCUUGCCAUGUCCCCAAGGGGAAACCGUGAUCUGCCCUUUAUCCCCAAAGAGAGGACUGUGGAUUUAAACAAAAACGGCAGGAGAAAAGUACUUCCUGGAGUACUUCCACCAAAUUAUUAAUGUGAGAAAGAAUCGUUUGAAUAAGGAUGGGGCCCGUGAGAGAAGACGAGCCCGGCGGGGAUUGAAAGGGGAGAACUUUGUGGGCUGAGGUUAUGUGGCCAUUCUGAGAAAGGAGCCAGGUUUCAGCUCAGGAAGGGAGAUGCUAUGUGUUCGUUAUGUAGGUUGCAUUCCCAUGUGUUUCUUUUGCAGGGGGCACACCCUUGCUUUUCAAGCACUUCAGGUCCCACAGGUUGGGAGACUCAUUUUUCCCAUUCGUCUCUUCUCUCGCCGCGCCUGCUGACCAAAGCGUACUGGCUGACACAGCUGAAGUACUAACUUUACAUGGAUAUAUUCAUUUCACCACCUUCUUCAGUCUGGUUAAAGGAAAGCACAUCCAUUUUUCAAGAUCUACAUGGUUUUACAAUUACAUUAAAAAAAACAAACAAACAAAAGAAACAGCAUUAUGACUCUCGUGUGUGUUUGUGCAUUACUAGGUUUUGCUUCCAGCACUCCAAUUUGCCACCUUUAUUUCUCUUAUAAUGGAAAUGUAUGAUAAUAUUUUACACUGUAUUAUAAGUAUAGAAAUUGUAUGACAUUUAAACCAUAGUUUGUCUUACUAUAACACCAGUUUCCUAAUAAUUCCCCAAAUUUGAUUCCGUCUUCUGUUUAAACUGUCCUUUACAGGCAAGGUCUCUGGGACACAAGCAAUCAGAACAGACAACCCAGAAGUAUUAAAAAUGUAGAGUUCUCGUUCUCUCUCUGUCUCUCUCUUUCUCUUUCUCUCUCUGUCUCUGUCUCUCUCUCGCUCGCGCUCUCUCUCUCACAUUCUGAACAGGAUUGCGCUAGGCUUCACGGUACACACUGUGUUGUUCCACUGAUAUGCUAAGCUGAAAGGAGGAGCAAAGAUCGGAAGGGCGUGACUUACAAGUUGGGACGUAAGUUAUGAAUGGAGAGAAGAGGCUUUACAUCAAUGAUCUGAUACAUAAAGCCACACCUGUUUGUUGUUGUUUGCUUUUUUUUUUAACCUGCUGGUUGUAGAUACCUCACAUUUUUUGGCCGCCUCUCCUGUUUGCUCAUAACAUUGAAGAAUUUCAAAAGAAAGUGAGAAGAUUUCAAAAGAAAUUGGUAGUGCAUAUCCACUGCAUUAUCAAAUCCACGUCCCGGUCUUAAGACCGCCAAAAAAAUAAAAUAAAAUAAAAAUAGUAAACUGGCAAUGGCGAUGUUUAGAUUUCUGGGCAGCAAACAAAUAAUGAGUUUAUACUGUAUUUAUACAACUUGUCUUGUCCAUUAAAUGUAAUUAUUUGCAGUACAACAUUAUUGAAGACUGAACUGCACUUUAUUGUGAAUGUUGUGAAUGUUAGGUGAUCAUUAAACAAUAAAAAAAAAAUUUCACAGGCUCAAAUGGCAUAUUUGUACUGAAUGAUUUUACUGCCACGUUGGAAGUCCUGGAGUCCUGGUACUAAGUGAAGACCACAGUCAACAGGUGGUUGUUCCAACCUUGCACAUGAACCUCUUUCUUCCUUAACAAAGAAAUGAUUAAAAGUUGAAAGGAAAUGUUGUGGUUGGUUGGUGUAAAUGUUAGCUGCGUUCCCCGUGGUCCUCGAUGAAUUCAGCCUGGUACCUCAAUCCUAACAUUUACAGCAGCCACAUGCAAAACAGGACAGGAUGUGGCUCACGACUGUAUGAUAACAGUACCAGCAGAGAGCAGCAGACGAGUGCACUGGCAUGUGUAUCCCCUCCUGACCAUCAGGGUUUACACAGGCAACAAGCAGAUGAACCGCAAAUCGGCACCUAAAUAACGGAAACAAACCAUGCGUCUGUUGCAGCUUCUGUAAGGUACUGACGAAGCCUUUACCUCAGUGUAGAUCAUUGUAAAGGUUGUCACAUUCAAUUGCCACUCUUAUUAAGGAUGCCCACCUGCCUCUUCAUAGAACACUGAAGAAACCAGCACAGACAGGAAAAAAAAACAAACCCGAAACAAACAAAAAAAUUUUUUAAGUGCACACAAAACUCGUCAAUAGCUUCAGGACAUAAAUAUCUAUUGUGAGGGCACUUGCAAUUAUCAUUGUAUAAUCACCACAACUAUUAAAAGAGUACUCAGUCACCAAUAAUCAUCAUAAUAAAAGUCACUGAGAACGCACACUGAGGCAUACCAUACAUUUCAGCGAAGAAGUCCUCUUGUCCCUGAAGUACACAAACGCUUAUUCAAAGGAACAGACGGUAACGAAGGCCGUGACUUUUGGGAAACUUUCGGAGUCAAGCUCUUAGGAUGGGAAAGACACAGGGUGCUUAUGGCCGCCUUCCAGUGUGCAGAACACUAGAAUAAAAGUGUAGUUCCGUUCGUUCUGCUUUCACUUCAGACGAGACCGACCGAAGCGUCGGUGGUCUGAGGUGCAGAGUGUGCAACCACAUGGAUAGCACGUCUAACCCACUUUCACAGCCUGCGUUUGGCUGUGGCUUUGAACGCGUUAACCCUGGAACACUUCGUGGAGAAGGCAGUGAGACUAGGGUGAGAUUGGCGCUUUAGAGCCUGGUCUUCUCGAUACUGACAGCCUGGAAACGACCCCUGAAGCGUUUCUGAUUUGUAAAAUAGGCUAUUUGUUUGAUGGGAUAGUACAACGGAGAAUACAAAGGCCCCUCAAAAUGGCAACGAGGAGAAUAAAGGUAAUAGAACAGCUUUGGCGACCUAAAAUAUGACUAUAUAUAUGGCUA